UUCUUCUUCUUCGUGCAGCAGCUGUCCAUUGCCGCUGGGUUUUCUUUGUUCGCAUUGGGUUUUGGAGGAGAGGUCAAGGCUGAGACUCGGAGACGAAAUGGGUCAUAGGAUGUUCAGUCCCUUGGGCUUCUUUCUUCUUGCCAUCGUCGUCCUCUACGGUGGAACAGAGCAGAGGCGAGCGGAGGCAGCAGAAGGAGCGAGCCCGCACAGGAUGCUGGCCACCAUCUCGGUGUCCAAGCCGUCUUACCCCAUGGUCACCACGCCCAUGUCGGCCUACGGCGACCCGGUCUCCACGCCAGGCACCCCGUACUCAACGUUCCCGUCGCUGGCGACCGGGAACGGCGGUGCCGGUGCCGGUGCCGGUGCAGGCGGCGGUGCUGGUGUAGGCGGGGGCGGCGGCGGGGGCGCUGGUGUAGGCGGGGGCGGCGGCGGCGGCGGGACGUGGUGCGUGGCCAGCCAGAGCGCGAGCCCGACCGCGCUGCAGGUCGCGCUGGACUACGCCUGCGGCUAUGGCGCCGACUGCUCCCCGAUCCAGCAGGGCGGGAGCUGCUUCAACCCCGACACCGUCCACGACCACGCGUCCUACGCCUUCAACAGCUACUACCAGAAGAACCCCGCCCCAACCAGCUGCGACUUCGGCGGCACGGCCACCAUCACCAACACCGAUCCCAGUUCAGGGUCGUGCCAGUACCCAUCGUCAAGCGGUGGCGCUCAGAGCACGAUGCCGCCGCCGUCCCCGACGAGCAUGCCGCCGACAGUGCCCACCGCCCCGAUGACCCCGACGCCGAUGACGCCGGACACCACCCCGACCACCGGCACCCCGGUCUACGGAUUGUCCCCACCCGACUACGGCUCAUUGUCCCCACCCGACUCUGGCUCGAUGUCCCCUCCCGGCUACGGAUCGACGUCUCCCCCGGACUACAACGACGUCGGCGCCGCCGCGACGACGGGGCAGGGCGGCGCGGCGCUGGCGCUGGCGCUUCUGUGCGUCCUGGUCGCGACAGUAUCGCUGCACGUCUCCAAAUGAGAGCGGCGGCAUAGGAGGAAAUUAUGCAUGCCUGUUUCGGUUGAGACGUUACAUGGCGCGCCCCGUGCGUGGUGGCUGAAAGACGCACGCACAGGUCCAUCGCCGAAGAUCUCCGGUGGUGUGCUGCCCGGCGCCGGGGGAGCAUUCGAGCAGUGUUGCAAGUCUGCUUAGUGUUGUAUAAGAAAUGAGGCGAGCUUCUAGCAGCGCCCGAGUUCUAGCAGAUGCACCAGAUGUUUAUACAUACAUACAUGCUUAAAUAUAUAAUGGCCAUUCCACU